CGAGAAGGGACACCGUGUCUACCGUGUUGCACCUCACUACAUGACAGAUAAGCUCAACGUCACUUCCGGUGUGCUGCAUGAUGGGAGAAAAACAGCGAUUGUGAACUGUCAUCUCCCCAGCAUUAAAGCAAACAACGAGUUGAUUGCGUUUGAGAUCUUGGACGAAGCCGGGCGCCAUGUUGGAUCAGCUACCCUGGUGCUGACGGUGUACCAGCUGUCUCUGGACGUGGAUGCGGACAGGGACGGUUUCAUAGACAAGGAGAACCCAUCAAAAAGCCGAUGGGAAUGGGGGGCAGGAGGUACCGGGGCCAUUCUUCUUGUCAACAACGACAACGAUGACGUCACGACAGACAAGAACCCUGACAACAGGAAUUGUGCUGUCGAUGGAGAGAUGGAUCUGAAAGACAUGAGCCCGAUGGCUGUACGCAUGCGCGGACCGACAGACUUACCCAAAGAGUACAUUAUUUGGCUGCAUACGUCAUCAGAGAACGCUCAAAGGAUCGGAAUAUUCCAUCUCAGGGACGGAGCAGGUUCCUCUGGUUCGAACAUCCAUCACGUGAUUGGUCCAGCUGCCGGCAACAUGGCGGAGCUGGACUGGAAAGUGAACCCCACGGACAACACCAUGACGUAUAACUUUGCCGUGGAAGCUCUCCACUAUCCUGAUGUUGACUUUGACGGAGCGGUUUCCAUACAUUUGUCUCUGCGUAAGGGAGCAGGAAAGCCCAUUUUUGAAGAGACAGUCGUGUUCCGGGUGGCACCUUGGGUCAUGACUCCCACCACUCUUCCGCCACAGGAGGUUUACGUGAGUGGAGUCGUGGAGCCGGAGGAGAAUUCCCAGUUCAUCCGCGAUAUACGACAGCUGACGACUCGCGCUGGGGUGAAGCUGACCAUUGCUGCGCCUGCACAGAACGGGGGCAGCGACCGUUGGAUGCAGAAUGAGGUAGAAGUGGGUUAUUCUGAGGCGCCUGGCCGAGCCCCUAUGCCUGUCGCAUUCUCCUCACCUCGCUACGGAGGGCUCCAGCCUUUUCCGAGGACAAAACUUCUAGGACCAGAUUUUGGACACUUCAGUCAUUACCAGUUAGGGGAAGAUCCAACCUCACUGGAUUCCUUCGGUAACCUUGAAGUCAGUCCACCGGUCAAGGUCAACGGAGUGGACUAUCCUCUCGGACGGAUCCUUGUUGGCUCCUCGUUGGCAAGAGGAAAUCCCGGCCGUCGCAUGAUGGACACACUACUGAACUUCCUGAGGGCACAAAGAGUGCAGCCUCCAGUCCUACUCUACUCUGAUUGGCUGGAGGUCGGUCACGUGGACGAAUUUGUGACCUUCGUUCCUGCUACAAACGGGAAGGGUUUUCGUAUGCUGUUGUCCAGUCCGGAUGCCUGUUACCGUCUACUGGAGAGGCUAAGGGACGGCGGGUACGGGGAGGCAGCUCUGUUUCAAGGCAAGAGAAGGCAGUCCAAGAGUCAGCUAAAUAACUGGGACACGUCACAUGGUUUCAGUCUGAAGGAGGGUGCCGCCGUCACCGUCAACAACCUGCUGGAAGAUUCGUCCUUAAAGAAACAAAACGCUCUCUACCAGAUAUACAUUAACGAGAAUCGGGAGAUACUGAAGAAAGAGUUGGGGAUGACUGAAGAGGACAUUAUCGACCUGCCGCAGCUGUACCGAGAAGUGACGGAGCCCAGCGCUGACACACCGGGGCGGGCAGCUGCAGCCUUCCCCAACCUGGUGAACAUGUUAGUACUGGGAGAAUUCCUGGGGAUCCCGAAGCCCUUCGGUCCCAUCAUCAACGGCACAUGCGCGUUAGAACAACACGUGACGUCACUGCUGGAACCUUUGGGUCUAUCCUGCGAGUUCCUGGAUGACUGGUACUCCUAUCACGUGUUCCUGGGAGAGGUGCAUUGUGGGACUCAAACACGACGACAACCAUCCGCUUUUAAGUGGUGGGAGAUGACCCUUUGACCUCUAUGGAGUUGAGGUUUCUCAAAACACAUUUCCUGAAUAAAAUCUAAAGGUGGUCUUUAUGAA